AUGCAAGCAUUGGAAUGGCUCCGUAUGAAGCUUUGUACGGUAGAAAAUGUCAAUCUCCACUAUGCUGGUAUGAAGCGGGAGAAAGAAAUAAAGAAGAUCCGUGGCCGAAUGCUUAUAACUCAAAGCCGUCAGAAGAGCUCUGCUGAUCAAAGGUGGAAGCCUUUGGAGUUUGAAGAAGGAGAACACGUCUUCCAGAAAGUUACUCCAACCACCAGAAUAGGAAGAUCCAUUAAGACUAAAAAGCUAAAUCCCCGUUACAUUGGACCGUUUGAGAUCCUGAAGAGAAUUGGACCAGUGGCGUAUAGGAUCGCUUUACAACCACAUCUUUCGAACUUGCAUGACGUAUUUCAUGUAUCGCAGCUUCGUAAAUACACUUUUGAUCCAAGUCAUGUCCUGGAACCAGAAUCAGUUCAAGUAAGGGAAGAUCUGACGCUUCUAGUAACUCCAGUCAGGAUUGAUGACACCAGCAUCAAACGUUUAUGCGGAAAAGAAGUUUUUUUGGUGAAAGUAGCUUGGAGUCGGGCUGGUAUCGAAGAGCAUACCUGGGAGCUUGAAUCAGAUAUGCAGAAGGACUACCCACACCUCUUUUUAGGUAACUAA